CUAUAAUGCUGUGUGGGAGCUGUGCUGAGGUCAGGCCCCACAGCCAAAGUCCCGCUGAGUCCCUGUGAGCAUGACAUUGUCCCUAGAAAGCUGUGUGGGAGCUGUGCUUAGGCUAGGCCCCACAGCCAAAGUCCCCCUGAGUCCCCGUGAGCCUGAUGUUGUCCCUAGAAAGCUGUGUAGGAGCUGUGCUGAGGUCAGACCCCCACAGCCAAGUCCCCGUGAGCCUGAUGUUGUCCCUAGAAAGCUGUGUGGGGGUUGUGCUGAGGUCAGACCCCAUCGCCAAAGUCACGUUGGGUCCCCGUGAGCCCGCUUACCGUGAAUGUCCCUACAAGCCGCAUGUUGCGGAGUGCCAUGAACUGUCCUGAUUGAGUGCCUUUCAUAGUUCAAUAAAGCUUUGUGUGUU